AUGAGAAGGACGGCAACUGAGGCUUAUCAUUUACUGUCAAAGCAUCGGAGGGGUAGCUCCACAACCCCGCUCCUCAUGUUUAGCACAUCACCCAUCAGCAAUCCCCUGCCGUCUGGUAAGUUAGUUAACCUCUUGUCCGCUCUUUAUAUUUCUUUCAUGUUUGAUGCCAUAAUUUCUUUGUCUCAUUGGGGUCUUUCUGCAUGUUGACACUAUGAUGCUUUGAGGGCAGAGGAAGAUCGGAAUUUCUACUCUGACUUUAGGCGGUGGCAUAAUGGAGGUGGCUACUUCCACCGAUCAGCAGUAAUUGAUCAGAAUGCACAGAUAGAGACUGGAGCGGUGGUUCAUCCAAACGCCAUAGUUGGCCCGAAUGUUUAUAUUGGGUCAGGUGCUGUGAUCGGGCCCUCUGUUUCAAUUGGGGAGUCAACAAAGAUAGGGUAAUGGUUGAAUAAAUGACCAGUUUUCUUACAUUGAGACUGCAUUAAGUGAAGAUAUUCAUUUAAAGCUUGGGUUUUUUUUCCAUUAUCCUGUACUUAGUUCUUUCAGGGAAAAUUGCAGUUGGCCCGGAUAGAUGCUGAUGCAUCUUUCGUAUGAAUCCAUCUGAUAUUAACGAAUGGGAGAAAUAUUUGGCUGCCAUCAAGGUUUGAAAGAAUAAUGGGCAUCUCAUAAUAGCCAAACAGGGAAAUCUACUUAGUGUUCGAAAUUUCAUGGAGACAAAAUUUCAUAUGUCAGUGCAAAGUAAGCAUAUCCAAUACAAAGUGUAUAUGGGCAUCAACUGGUUUCCAUGUCGUUGCAUUCAUUUCUAUGAGUUCACAUAUGGAGAUUCUUAAACUUUCGGACGAAUGUUCGAAAGGCAUUUCACUGUAGGGUGUUUACAAGAGGAUGUAAAGACAGCCCAUUAGGCAUCCAAUAUUAGUAAGCCUUUAGCAUAAUGAAGCUGAUUAUUUUGCAUCUCCUGUAGAUGAAAUAAUUGAUGAGGAGUAGUUAAUCGGAAACAGUUGGCAGAUUUCAAUCUUGGAUCACUUCACAAGUGUGUGCUUAUUUCUACCAUAGGGGUGGUGUUGAAUCAAAGUUCCCCUAGGGUUUCUAGAUGGGUGGAGGGAAUCUACCAAUAAAAAAACAGAUUAUUUACCCUUUCACCAAAGUUGUGAAUCUAAUAUGUUGUGGUGCAGAUGUACCUACAUAUGUAGUUAUUAAUUAUUAGUGCACGAUGCUUCAAAUAACUAUACACCGUGUUUAUGGUUAUUGUUCUUGGUUUCUUGCUUUAGCUGAAUAUUCAGUUCCAACGUUCAUCUCGAGUAUGCCUUUCUAUCUAAUUAUGGGAUGAUUAUGUAUGUAGGUAUAAUGCGGUGUUAAGUAAUUGCUCGGUGGGUAUCUCUUGUAUCAUGCACAGUGGUGUAUGCAUCGGUCAAGAUGGUAAGAUGGAUUUUACUUGAUAGCAUUUUAGGCAGUCUCCCUUGGCAAAGAUAACUUUUAAUCCUUUUUAUAGUUCUUAAAGGACUGCAUUGUAAAUUUCAACUAUAAGCCCAGUUGAUUAGCACAUGAAUCAUCUUACUUGUAUUUACUAGAAAUGUGUGAUAAUUAGUUGGAUGGACACUCUAUUUCUUAACAGUUGAUCAAAAUGCUUGAAGUUGCUUAGUAUGAUGCUAAGACACUACUGGUACAUAUGUGUAUUUAGAUGUGGGUAUAAACAUCUAGAAAGUUAUCUCCUAUUUCAUGCUAAAUGUUGGAUGAUAAUUAGAUGCUAGGUAUUUUUUAGUUAAAUAUUUAAAGAACUGUAGGUUUUCUUCUGAACUGGAUGGUGUUAGUGAAGUGCUUUCCAGUUUUCUUUUUCCAUUUUCAUGACAUCUAAGCAGUUUUGAACAGGGUUUGGAUUCUAUGUUGAUGAGGACGGAUGCAUGCAGAAGAGGCCCCAAGUAUGCUACUUCUUGUUGCAAUGCUAUCCUCAUAUCAGAUAGUCAUUACCUUCUUGAGUAGAAUCUAAUUCAGAACCUUUCAAGGAAUCAGUUUCUAGUUUCUUUGUGGUAGUAAGAUCAAUUAAUGAUGUUAUGUACAUUGUUAUCUAUCUAUACAUAUAUCUAUACGAUAUCUUAGUGGAGCAUAUUUUGCUUUGCAUCCAUUUUUCUGUGUUACUUUUCUCUGUUUGUCUUUAUUACACUUUUAAUGACCAUAAUUUUAUCAGUGGCCUUUUUUUUCAAUUGAUAUCAUCUGUUGAUUUCUACUUUUUCACCCAUCAAUCCAACUCUCUGAUGUGAAACUAAAUUACCAACUACAUGCGCUCAAACCGUUCAUCAAAUGCAUACUAUCUUGCUGGGUUGCCAUUAAUGGUUACAAUGCUGGGCUCUUGCUGCAGAUGCUUCAUGUCAGGAUAGGUAAUUAUGUGGACGUGGGCGCUAAUACAUGCAUUGAUAGGGGAAGGUGAGAUUGGAUUCUUACUGGUUCAUUCCAUUUUAUUUUAUAUUCAUCAAACAUAUUUCGGCUAUCUACUCCCGUUGCCAUAAAUCUCUCUUUUAUUACCUACCGUUGUUUUAAUUGCAUUCUAUCUCAUUUUUCUAAUGAAGUUGGAGGGAUACUGUCAUUGGAGACCAUUCAAAGAUAGAUAACUUGGUCCAGGUAAGAAAUCUUUCCACUUUUUACUUCAUUCAGCUUGCAAGGGCUCCAUGUCUCAUUAGAAAAAAAUUCCAUUAAAGUUCGUGAAGAGUCCUUGGGUGAGAAUGGGUAUGAAUCAGGCCUUGUGACGCCCUGCCAAGUCUUGAACAUGUUUGAUAAGGCAUUGGCCAGGACCUUGGUCAUGUUGGUGAUUGACACACGGGGCAUCUGCCAAGUCUUGAACAUGUGGCAGGGAGAUGGGCUUCUACACUUAUGAGACAGGAUCUCCUUAAAGGCUUGAUCUGGCCCAGAUGAGUGCUGGGCCAGGCCUGGUGGGGCAUUUGUUUUAUGAAAUAUUUCUAUGUUUUGCAGAUAGGCCACAAUGUAAUCAUCGGAAAGAGCUGCAUCCUUUGUGGGCAAGUGGGUAUUGCAGGCUCCGUGACGUAUGGCACCUUCAGAUCCAAUCUCUCCAUUUUCCUUCUGAUGUUUAGAAACUACCAUGUGAUUCUGAAUAUAUAUAUAUAACUAUUUAUGGUAUUUAUCCUCUGCAGAAUAGGGGAUUAUGUCACCAUGGCAGGCAGGGCAGCAGUAGGGGAUCAUGUUUCCAUCACAUCGAAGGUGUGUUAUUCAUUUCCUUCUUCUUUCGCCCAUUUCCAAGCACCAUGACUCAUGAACGGAAACGUCCAGAUUUUAACCUAUUUUUAUUACUUGUCAUCUGUAAAUGUAGAUCUUCGGCUUGCUUAUACUUCUGGAUUUUUCUCUAAAUGUCCAUUCUCUAAGGAGAGAAGGGUGGGCUGGGGUUCAGGCUUAUCCAGCCCACUGAAACUCAUAGAUCUACCAUUUAUUGCUAAUUUAGGCAAAUGUAGCCCCCCCCCCCCCCUGUUGCCAUUUCUUCUCAGUCCAUGAUGCUGAAUUUGAGAAUGUUGGGCCAAGCUAGCUUCGGGCUUGGCCAACAUAAGAAACCCAAGGCUCUAACUUCUAUCAGUAACUGUUGGCAGUUGUAGCCCAUGGUCCUUCUAUUACUUACUAGCAGUAUAUUUUGGUCUCAGGGUUGCUUAUAUUUCCGGGCUUUUCUCUAAAUAGCCAUCUCCUGUAGCCAUUCUUCUUGAGUUCAUCAUGAUUUAUUGCUAAAUUUGGCGGUAGGUUCGGCUUGCGGCGAACACUGGUGUCACAAAAGAUAUACUAUCUCCGGGUGACUAUGCAGGCUUUCCAGCGGUAAACAUCUAAAUGCCAACUGGGUGCCAGCAAGGGUCUGACUCUUUAUCUUCAGAAUAACAUAUCCUUGCUCUGUGAAAUUCACUGAACCCUUCUGCAGGUUCCGAUAAGGGAGUGGCGCAAGCAAGUCUUCAAUAUGCGAGGGCUUGAUAAGAAAGACUCUUGUGAGCCAUGA